AAUAUCUCAUAUCUCUGUCACAGCAUUAAGACAGUUAAGCCUGCUCUCAAUUCACAGUGUAUUUGUGUAAGUGUGUGUACUACUGUAAGCGUCAGGGUGUAUGUUUCGAUUCUGGAGACCCACUUUGUGACAUAAUAUUGAUGACGGGCACCAUGAUGCGGAGUAUGGACGGAGAAGAGACAGAGAUUGACCUGAGAGAUGAAGGGGACGGAGAGGACGAUGGGGAACAACAGCCGUGGAAGACGCAGCUGGAAACCGUUCUGGAGGAAGAGGAAGAAGAUUUAAUCUCGACACAAAGUGACACCAGGCCUCUGAUUGAUGAGAGGGACCCAAAACAAAUAAAUGAGUGUCUGAAGGUGAGUUUUGAAGAUGUAAUAGCAGAACCGUUAUCAGUCCGCAGUGGGGAUCGGGUGUGGAUCUGGAGUCACGCUCUUUUCGAAGCGUCCAGGGUCUGGUUUUAUCGCAUCAUCACAACUUUGUUGGCUGUUCCCGUGUCCAUCAUCGCUGGAGUUCUCUUUGCCGUUCUUGCCUUUAUUCACAUUUGGUUCCUUACGCCAUGUGUACAGGUGGUCUUGAUAAACACUGGGUGGCUGCAGACGUUAUGGAGCGGUGUAUUAGAUAUCUUCAUCCUUCCCCUAUGCCAAAGCAUAGCCAAGUGUUGUAGAGGGAUUAGUGUUCGUCUUACACAGGAAUGAAAAAAGGUUAAGUUGAAUCAGUUCAUACGGGAAUUCACAGCAGUGGGAAAAGAUUGUGGAGCUAUCAGAUGGGACAACUAUUUGACUCCAGGUCCAUGUCAUGAGGGACCAUACCCAAACACUCAAAGCCUGUCAGAGACUGAGAGGAAAUGGAUUUUCUUUACAAAAAAUGGCUUAAGUAUCGUAAAACAGUUGUGUUUUAUACAGAAUUUUAUCUAUGUUUACCUUUUUAUGUGUGUGUUAUUUCUUAAUUUCCCAUGCACGCAGUGUGUGAUAAAGCAGCUUGUGCAGCCAAAGCUAUUAUUCUAACAAUUAUUGUAAAACAUACAUCUAUUAACAUCUGGUGUGUUUUGAUAGCCAUGUUUUGCACUGCAUCAAGGACUUUGAAUUGCCACGUUGUGUCUUCUUUUCAAGUAGGCUAUUCUCGAAAUAAAUUUGUUUUCAUUUAUAAAAAGAACAAAUUGUUUGCAACUA